GAUCAUCUUAGUGCCAUAAUCCGGUUAGUUCAUCCAGUUGUUACUGAAAAUAUGUAUUAUUAACAUACUUUACGAAUUUGUAACGGGAACACUUAAAUUCCUUUGUUUUUUCAAAGCAAAAUGUAUUAUUCGAUAUAGUGUCAUAAAAAUCCUGAAACCCGAACAAACAAUAAAAGGGGAAAUGCGAACAGAGGGAAAGUAAAGGAGAAAACGAGUUAGGAAAUUUAUGAGAAAUAAUAGGGAAAUGCGAUAAAAUGUCUGCCUUUUCGCAUAUCUGGGGAAAUAAUGCGGAUUUUCUUCUUAUGUCACUCUGUGUUUUAAAUGUCGCUGAAUUGUCUACUUUUAGCCUAAAUGCACGCAAAAGUGUCUACUUAACUUCCGAUUCUUCAAUGUUUCCGCAUUUAUUUGAGACAUGUUAAACAGUACAUUUAUUUACACAAAACUGGUGUGUUGUACACGUUACCCUGGUUCGCGGUUUAUCCUAUAGUUAUUAAUUUGUAUAAGUCAUCUAGUUUGCUGUUUUAACAUUGUUUUAAAACCUUUCCAAAAUGAUGUUCAUCAACUACUGGAUUUUAAUGAUAAUAGGUCCAUCAGCCUAAUUAGGCUGAAAAAUAUACCACCCAAUGUUUUAAUGAGAUUCGUGUCCUUUACUUGGUAUUAAUCAUAUUCCGUGGUUGUAGUUCUCUCUGAACGAUGUUUGCUAAAUGCGAAACAACUCAACCUAAGUAUUUAUAUUCUUUUGUAGUUUAAGCAUAUAUUACUUUCCCAGUUUUCCCUUUAUCGGUUGAGUAACAGUCUGGGCAACAUAUAUAUAUGUAAGCGUAUACGCUUAGUCUAUUUCCCUACUUGCAGUAUGAGAGUAAAUGUAGAAACAAUCUCGCAAUAUUUUCUUCUGGAAAAACUUUUCAGUCAGUGCAUUGAAGAUUUGAAAAGCCAAACGUUUGCUGCAAAUAUUGAUCUGAAAUGUUCUAGGACAAAAUUUCGCUCAUUUUACUAUUAAGGAUCAUAGAACUUUUUGUUCGCAUUCUAAGAUACAGGUUGUUACACCAUACAUAUUUUCCAUAAGUCACGAUCAUUAAGGUCUCAGCAUUAUUCAUGACAAGAAUAGUGAUAAUUCUACACUGUCAUUUGGCGACUUUAUAUUUCAUAACCUUAAAGUCCUGCAAUAUAAUCUAUAAAUAAUUGUAAAACCUUACCAACAAUGCUGUGUCUGUAUGAGUCAGUCAGUGCACUGAGUUUUAGUAACAGGAUUUGCUUACUCUUACUCCAUGUAAUGUAACCACAUAUAAAGUGCGGGAAAAAAUCAGCCAAUGAAAAAUCCUUUACUUUGACGAAUGAAGUUCAGCUAAAGCUAAUUUAGGUUUCGGUACCCAGAUGAGAAAUAGUUUAAAUAAUAACAUGAAAAUAAAUGUUACUUUUGCAGUGCACAUAUAGUUGAAACAGGUGUCAUAUGAAAAACUUCAACUAAUGUAAACUAAUUAGAAUGGUUUGUUGGAGGCAUCGUAGUUUAAUGUUGAGUUUUCAACACAUGUCCUAUUUCACAAAUACUGUAAGCAUUUUAUGCUGCAUUUAUUCUCGAAUUAUUUUCAUCUUAAAUCCUGCACUGUAUAUUCGCACUAUGAUAAAUUUUAUGUUAUUGUUUAGUCGUCAAGGUAAAGUGCGACUUCAAAAAUGGUAUAGCUCUUAUACGGAGAAAGAAAAGAAAAAGUAUUUACGCGAAAUUAUUUCUCUAGUCUUUGCGAGGAAACCAAAAAUGUGCUCGUUUCUAGAAUGGCAAGACCUUAAGAUUGUGUACAGAAGAUAUGCUAGUCUCUAUUUUGUGUGCGCUAUUGAUCAGACAGAUAAUGAAUUGAUUACAUUGGAGAUUAUUCAUCGUUACGUGGAGAUUCUGGACAAAUAUUUUGGAAAUGUCUGUGAAUUGGACAUAAUCUUCCACUUUGAAAAAGCUUACUUUGUUUUGGAUGAAUAUUUACUAGCUGGUGAAGUACAAGAGACAGGAGCAAAAGAAAUUCUUUCUGUGAUAGAUGCACAAGAUAUAAUUCAAGAGGAUGAAGUCCCACAAAAACUUUUCGAAGACCAAAGUCUCAAUUGACAGUAGUACUUUAUUUGGGUCGCCAGAUUAUUUAAGUCUUACGUUUACCUCCCUCCAUGGCAUUGUCAGAUGUUCUUGAAAAUAAACUUUACUUUUCUACUGCCUUGAUAUUAAUAUUGUCUUUCUUUAAAAUAUGAAAGUUGUCGUUAUCUACGAUUAACUCUAUGCAAAGAUAUAGGGUAAGAUGACAAGUAACCGAAUAGAUUCAGUGUUGUGUAGAAAUAACUAUGCAUAUAGUUUUUUUAUCAUUUUGGAAAGAGCAAGAACAAAAAUUUUAAAGAAGAUAACAUGAGUUUAUCUUAUUUCGUUCAGUUCUCGUUAGUUGCCUUCAACUUAUAGUGUUUAAAAGUAAAAAUUACAAAGUGGGUUUAAAUUAUGUACAUGAAAGUGUUUAUUUAGAGGUUGCUGUGAUCACACAUUCAUAUAAUGUAGCAACAAUGUAUAUAAACUUAACAAACUAAAUAAAAUAUAAAUGUAUAUCUUAUGUGGAAGAAUAUUUUAUAACAUUGUUAGUAACACAAGAUCAAAGGGUUAGAAACAGUUAGUUACUUAACAAGCGAACACCGAUAAUAAGGAUAAAUUAAGCGAAGUUCAUUUGCUCGCCUCCGUGUCUAUAAAUUUACUUGCACCUUCCAAACGAGCUACAUUAAUCGCACAAGAAGGAGAGCAUAUCUUAGAUUGUGUAGACACGCUCCCAAACCCCUUCAGACAAGAGAAAGUACUACUUUAAAUAACUCGAACACUAAAUACCUUUUGGACACAGGACAUCAAGUCAAUACCUUAAAAUCCUUCAAGGAUAUUAAUAAACAACCAAACUCCAGUCAUUUGAAGUUCACUAAAACUAUCUUUAUCAGGCGUCAGAGAGAUGGUUUCUAAUCUUUCUUUGCCCUGGUGACAAACAUGUUUUCCAUUACGUCAUUAAAGGCUGUCCAACUUUUUUUAAUUAGUUACAUCAGUACGCCUGUAUUGUGAAUGUCUUCUACAUUGUUAGCCUUAUUUUACCAAGCAGAACUUUGUUGAUUUUAUCCUUAUUAUCAGCAUCUGUCUAUUGCGUAACCACUUGUUUCUAUCCUUUUCAUCUCAGGUUACUAUCAAUCUUGUAAAAUAUUCUUUCAUAUAAGAUAUAUAUUUACAAUAUCCUUUUCUCCUAAUUUUUU